CAUUUAUUUUGUUUAUUUACACAAUAAGUGUGUAUUAAAUGUUUCUUUGUUAUUUUGAUACCAGCUUCUUUGCCUAUGCCAUUGACUUCGGUCAAAACUUUAAAUGGGACAAAUUUUGAGGACUGGAAAGAAUCUUUGGAUUUAUAUCUAGCAAUUACCAACAUGGAUUUUUCCUUGAGAGAAGCAGAACCUUCAGCUCUUACGCCUGAGUCCACUAUUGUCCAAAGAGCUUCUCGUGAAAAAUGGGAACACUCGAACAGGGUGUGCCUAAUGGUGAUGAGAUAUACCAUGGAGAAGUCUAUUCGACAGAGCAUUCCGGAUAAUGACAAUGCUAAGGAUUUUAUGAGAUCAGUUGGUGAGAAGUUUAAGACUUUUGAUAAAGCUCAAAAGGGUCAAUAUCUGUCACUUCUUGAGAAGACCAAAUAUGAUGGUGUCAGUGGUGUUCGUGAGCAUAUGAUGAAGCUUGUGCACUAUUAUAACAAACUCAAAUCUCUAAAGGUAGAUCUUGGUGAUAGUUACUUGGUUUGGCAGGUUAUGGAAUCUCUUCCUUCUCAGUUUGAUGUGUUGAAGACUUCUUACAACACUCAAAAGGAGGAAUGGACAAUUGAUGAAAUGAUAGCUAUUAUUUCUCAAGAGGAAGCAUCGAUUAAAAAGACCAAGUCUCAUAGUGUGCAGUUUACAGCUACUAAUUCAAGCACUAAACCUGUGAAAAAGGGCUUCAAAGGUAAAUCUCGUCCUGAAAAAGGGAACACAGGGAAAGCACCAGCGGUUUUGGAGCCUAAGAAGAAGUACUUCAAGGGGAAUUGUGCCUAUUGUAAGAAAUUUGGACACAAGAUAGCUGAUUGUUAUAUUCUUAAGAAGAAGAAUGCUGAUAAGGAAGGGGUUCACAAGUCUGAGAAAACCAAGUGAUGUCGAGUCCAAGAUUAUCAUGGGAGAUGGAGCUAGAGCACUAGUUGAAGACAUAGGAGUAGUUUCUUUAAAUUUACCUUCUGGACAUGUUUUGUUAUUAAAAGACGUUGUUUAUGUACCUUCUAUGAGAAGAAAUUUGAUUUCAGUUUCAAUUUUGGACAAAUGUGGCUACACUUUUGAAUUUGGCAAUGGUAAACUUGUUGUUUAUUUCAAUUCAAUUAUUGUUGGCUCAGGAGUUUUAUAUGAUGGACUUUACAUGCUGAAUCUGAAUGAUAUGUCUGUUAAUUCUGUUAUUGGACAUAAGCGUAGUAGAGUUGAUGAAAAUUCCUCUAUGUUGUG